GAAAGGUGCGUUUGCUGACCUGGAAUCGGUGUAAUCAUGCAAUGUGCCAUUGUAACGUUAGCCAGUUAGCGCUAGCCACCACGCACCGUGCCCCCAGAGCGCCCGCUCUCUUUACGGCUGUCGCAGAGCUCUCAGCCUGUUGCUGUCGGUUGCUGUGGGGUCGGUGGUCUGCACAUUGUAUACCGUUUCCCACUGGCCUGGGGCACACCUGGAUAACGUUAAAGCACUAGGAAGCGGCUGCAGCCGUGCGGUUUGUGUAAAAAUACUGCGCUGUGCAGCAAAAGCCCGCGGAAGACAUGGAAGAAAUGCGAGAACCCGAAGCCGGGCACACGGUGGAAAACGGUAUCGAGGCUGAUCAACCGAGCUCAGGGAAACCCCACGAAAAACACAGUGCCGUUGAAGAUAGUGAUGGUACCGACGAUGAGCGUUCUCUCAGUCUCAAUCAGUUCUACCCCUACAUACGCUGUGCCCUCUGCAACGGCUUCUACAUCGAUGCCACUACCAUUACAGAAUGUCUGCACACAUUCUGCAAAAGCUGCAUCGUGAAGCACUUCUUUUACAGCAACCGCUGUCCAAAUUGCAAUAUAGUUGUACAUCAGACACAGCCACUGUACAAUAUCAGACCAGACAGACAGCUGCAAGACAUUGUGUACAAGAUGCUUCCAGAUCUGGAAGAAAGAGAGAGGGUGCGGAUGUGUGCUUUCUACAAACAGAGGGGUCUGGAGGUGCCCAAGCCAGUGGCAGUCACACACAUUGCCUCGGUGAAGCCUGGCAAGCAGAAGAAGGACCUGCUGCCCCAGUCCGUGUUCACCAUUCCCUCUGAGCUGGACGUGUCCCUGGUGCUGGAGUUUGUUGGAGCAGAGGAGGGCAUUGAAAACUACAAGCCGCUGGAGAGGAAGUACGUGCGGGUGUCCGGCGAGGCCACCGUCCGCCACGUGGAGCUCUUCAUCCGGAGGAAGAUGGAGCUCAACUCGGGCUGCCAGGUGGACGUAGUUUGUGGGGAGCAGCUCUUGGACGGGUACCAGUCACUGAAAGAAGUUCUGAAUUCCAUCGGAGCGAGUGCCUUACAAGACGGACUCCUGGUUUUGCACUUUGGCCUGGUCCUGCCCGCCCAGGCGUGAGGCGUUAGACGGAGUGACGGAGUCUGCCCAGCUCCACCUCGCCUGCAGCCAGCUACCCAAGAGCUACCUGGGCUUCUCAUCACACCUCCUCAGGCCUUCUCUCCUUCCUGCACACAAAGGACUACUCCUGUCGUCCGAGUCAGAAAGGACCGUAAACCAUAGACUUUGAUUAGUUCUCACUAUUUGAAUAUUUGUGGUGAUCCAAAAAUAUCUUUGCACCGUUUUUGUCCUGUUGGUAAUAAUUUGUUCUGGUUUUGACUUGACACUUCACUUUUGAAUAUAACUUUUGGCUUUAAUCAUUCCUCGUUCUAAAAUUUUAAUUUCCUAAUUAAGAUAUUCCAUUAAUGUUUCAUACAUUGUAAUUCUGUUCUCGUCCUCAGUGCCUGGGAGUUAAUGGGGAACGGAGGGAGUGAUGUUGGUAAUGUUUUUGUAGCAAGAAAGAUGUGAUAUUUAUUUGUCCGUUUGUUUUAUUAACUGUUUGUUUCCCCUUGCAAAUGUUCUAUUUCAUGAUCUUUCAGUUGAUAUGAUUUUAAUACACAGUUUGAAAGUCAAAGCUCUUCUUGUUUAUUCUAUUCUUGUGAAUGAAAUGUUGACUGCGUUUCUUAUGACUAGUUUUCAUUGAGAAAGAUUUGUUAAAUUCAGGGAAUGUUAAUACUUGUACCAAUAAAACAUUAUGCAGUUUCCGUUU